AUGUGGUUAUGAAUUAUUCAGAAAUCGAGUCUAAGGUUCGAGAAGCAACCAAUGAUGAUCCGUGGGGACCUUCAGGGCAACUCAUGGGAGAGAUUGCCAAGGCUACAUUUAUGUACGAACAGUUUCCAGAACUCAUGAACAUGCUUUGGACUAGAAUGUUGAAAGACAAUAAAAAAAACUGGAGGAGAGUUUAUAAGUCUUUGCUGCUCCUAGCUUACCUCAUAAGGAAUGGAUCAGAGCGUGUUGUUACAAGUGCCAGAGAACACAUUUAUGAUUUGCGAUCCCUGGAAAAUUACCACUUUGUAGAUGAAAAUGGCAAAGACCAGGGUAUAAAUAUACGCCAGAAGGUAAAAGAAAUGGUUGAAUUUGCUCAAGAUGAUGAUCGUCUUCGGGAAGAGAGGAAGAAAGCAAAGAAGAACAAAGACAAAUACAUUGGGGUUUCUUCGGACAGUGUCGGAGGAUUCAGAUACAGUGAAAGAUAUGACCCUGAGCCCAAAUCAAAAUGGGAUGACGAGUGGGAUAAAAAACCUGCUUUCCCAUUCAGCGAUAAACUAGGUGAGCUAAGUGACAAAAUUGGAAGCAGAAUUGAUGAUACCAUCAGCAAGUUCCGAAGGAAAGAUAGAGAAGACUCUCCAGAAAGAUGCAGUGACAGUGAUGAGGAAAAAUCAAGAAGAGGUAAAUCUCCCAAAGCUGAGUUUAAAGACGAAGAGGAGAUCGUAACAACCAAACAUAUCCAUAUUACACAGGCUACAGAAACUACUACCACCAGGCAAAAACGCACAGCAAAUCCUUCUAAAACCAUUGACUUGGGAGCAGCAGCACAUUAUACAGGGGAUAAAACAAGUCCAAAGCAGAACGCUGCUCACACUGCACAGUCUACAGGAAAGGCUUCUGUGCCCUCUGGCAGCAAGCCAUCUAAUGACUUGGUCGAUCUGUUGUUUGAUGGAGCCAGUCAGCCAGUCUCAACAGGUGGAUCUCCUGACCCGUUUGGAGGAUUUGCUGAUUUUAACUCAGCUGCUGCUUCAGCAAGUUUCCCAUCCUCGCAAGGUACAGCAACAAGUGAAAAUGGAGACUUUGAUGACUGGAGUGCCUUCAACCAAGCUUCUCCUUGUCCCAGUGCUCCAUCUGGAGAGUUCUUGAGCCGCCCUGUGCAGCAGCCAGCCGUGGAGCUCCUAGGCAGCUUUCAGCCAGCCUCUGCCCAGCCUCCAACUGCUUCCAAUUCUGCUGAUCUCUUUGACUUGAUGGGCCCCUCCCAGGCAACCAUGACCUCCUCACAAACUAUGGAUUUCUCUGUGAUGAGCUGUAAUGUUGUGGGCAUCAGCUUACCCAUGUCAAGGUCGCAGCCUCUGCAAAGUGUGAACACGAUGAUGCCGAAGCCCAACCCUCUUUAUAACACAAGCACAGAGAUGGUCCAGAAAAAUGCAAGCAAAUCUUUACCCUCAACUUGGUCAGAUCCUAGCGUAAAUAUCAGUUUGGACAAUUUAGUACCUGGGAUGCAGCCUUCCAAACCUCAGCAGCCAUCACUUAAUACCAUGAUGCAGCAACAAAAUAUGCAACAACCUAUGAAUGUCAUGACUCAAAACUUCGCAGCCGUGAACCUCAGUCCUCAGCCCAAUAUGAUGCCUGUGCGACCCCAGACGAGCCCAGUGAUGGGAGGGCCCAUUCCCGUGGGGAUGGGAAUGCCCGGUGUGAUGACAGGUACGAUGGGAAUGGCCUCCAUAGGACCUACACCAAUGAUGAACCAGGGAAUGUUGGGAAUAAACAUGGGAGUGCCAGCUGCCGGAAUGGGCCUGACAGGCACAAUAGGAAUCCCCAAUAUCGCGAUGACUCCUGGGACUGUACAACCCAAGCAAGAUGCCUUUGCAAAUUUUGCCAAUUUUAGCAAAUAAAGAUUGUAAAAAAAGAAAAAGUAAAACAUGGGCAGACUGAAUGAAGGAUUUUUAGCUGCGCAAACAUAGCUGGGAAGGGAUGGAAAAAAACACUGAUCAAUACCUUUUUUUUUUUCUUUAUCAGUUACUUAAACUAUGUAUCUACGUAAAGAACCAAAAGCUAUUUUCUAAAUGUUGAAAAAUUAGUAUUCAAAUUCUGGAGAGAUGAAAGGUUCUUCUGAGGAAUGUUAGAUGAUUUUGCAAAAUAAUUUGUAUUGAGACCAUCAAAAGCCUUUCCUAGGUAGAAGAACCAAUUUUAAUGUUGAAACUUGAUGGUAGACUGGAAUGGGGGUUGGGUAAAAGUGUUCAAAUCUAAUUUUAUACUUUUCUUUUUUCUUGAGGAGCUUGACUUUCUUUUUUUCCCCCCCUUCUCCCUGAUUGCUUUGUCAUAAUUGGAUCAUUCCUUUUACUACCACUCUGAAUCCACAACUGAAGUCACUCAAAUGCUAUGAUCAGUUUUUUAUAAGAAUAUAUAUUUUUGUCCAACAAAUGGCUUACAUAUGUGAUUAUGGCUAAUUCAAAGGGACCCAGAAUGUAUAUAUACACUUUUGCUAAUGUUCCAGCCACACUGCUGUGUUAUCCAAACUUUUAUUGUAAAAAUCCUCUUCCAGCGAUUUGAAUCAACGCAUUUCUGGGGCUCUACAGGCCUCUGCUGUUCCAACUCAUGUCCAGUGCAGGUCUGGGAG